AUGAACAAAACAAUUGUAGAAUUUUUAUUGAAUUCAGGGAAACUUGGAAAUAAAAGUAUUAUGUCUAUACCAAAAAUUUCUGAGCUAACAAUAAUUGGAUAUAGUUAUGCAAUAGCUGUUGGGCCCAAAGUUUUAUUUGUUUAUGGUGAUUCUGAUCAAUUUACUAAUGUUGGCAAGUACAGAAGGUGGAUACAAGAAAAUAAAUUAUUGGAAAAUAAGAAUUGGACAGUGAAAGAAUUGACAGAUGUUGACCAUUUUUUUGCUUCACAAAGAAUGGAAGAUGAAUUAGUUGGAGCAAUUGAUGAAUGGAUCGAAAAAAAAAAUUGA